AGAGAGAGAGAGAGAGAGAGUUUAUAAAGCACGCGCAGGACUAAAACACAUUCAUGCAUACCGGAGCAGCCGCGAUGUCUCGAGACAGAAUUCCACCGGUAUCUUCUGUUGUUCACAUGCUCGCGUGAAGAAGGGAUUCUUCACGUGUGUUUUUUCCCCAAGACUCCCGUCCAACACACACAGACACACACACACACCUGCGCGCGCUUGUGCGGGUAGGGAUGUGGCGACGAUGGCAUGCGCGAGGAGGAUGAAAACUUUGGCGUCGACGUGCGUGAUCCUGAGCGGCAUGACCAACAUCGCGUGCCUGCUGUACGUCGGCUGGAUCACCAAUUUCGUGAACGAGAAAGAUCCGGAGAGAAAGUUGGAGGAGGAUAAAGGAGAGACGCUGCGCAUCAUCGAGAGACUGGAGCGGCUGGAGAACGUGGUCAACUCACACCUCCAAGAGAGGCCUCAGAAGGACAGGGAAGAUGCAGCUGAUCUUUCUCUCUCAGACUCUCCUUUGUUCCUGCGUUGGGGUCGUGACCUGGGGCCCGAGAGCCGCCGUGUUGCUCUACACAAGUUCCAGUAUUAUGGAUACAACGCCUACCUCAGUGACCGCCUCUCGCUGGACAGAGCCAUCCCUGACCUCAGACCAGACGGGUGCAAAAACAUCUCCUACCACGCCAGCUUGCCUCAGGUCAGCAUCGUCUUCAUCUUCGUGGACGAGGCUCUGUCUGUGAUCCUGCGCUCCGUCCACUCGGCAAUGCGCCGGACGCCCUCGCACCUGCUGAGGGAGAUCAUCCUGGUGGAUGACAGCAGCAACAACGCUGACCUGAGGAAAAACCUGCAGACGUUUGUGGAGGAGACUAACCAGCGUCGUCCUGACUUCAUUAAGAUGGUGCGUCACACCAAGCAGGAGGGUCUGAUCCGUUCCCGUGUGAGCGGCUGGAGGGCGGCCAGCGCGCCGGUCGUGGCUCUGUUUGAUGCCCAUGUGGAGUUUAAUGUAGGAUGGGCUGAACCCAUCCUGCACAGGAUCCAGGAGGACCGGCGGCGUGUCAUCUCGCCUUCUUUCGACAACAUUAAAUAUGACACGUUUGAAGUGGAGGAGUAUCCUCUCUCAGCGCACGGCUUCGACUGGGAGCUCUGGUGUCGCUACCUGAACCCUCCCAGAAGUUGGUGGAGUCAGAAGAACCACACAGCACCCAUCAGGAGUCCAGCUCUGAUUGGCUGCUUCGUGGUGGACCGGCGAUACUUUGAGGAGAUCGGACUGCUGGAUGAAGGCAUGGAGGUGUACGGAGGCGAGAAUGUAGAGCUGGGAAUCAGGGUAUGGCUGUGUGGGGGAAGUGUGGAGGUUCUCCCCUGUUCCAGAAUAGCUCACAUCGAGCGCGCCCACAAGCCGUACACCGACGACCUGGCAGCUCACGUGCGCAGGAACGCAUUCCGAGUGGCUGAAGUGUGGAUGGACGAGUUCAAGAACCACGUGUACAUGGCCUGGAACGUUCCACUGCAGAACUCAGGGAUCGAUAUUGGAGACAUCAGCAAGAGGAAGCUCCUGAGGGAGAGGCUGCAGUGUCGACCCUUCCGCUGGUUCAUGAAGAACAUUUACACUGAAAUGCGAACAUACACUGACACCAUCGCAUACGGAGAGCUGAAGAAUAGCUUGAGGCCGGAUCUGUGCGUGGAUCAGGGGCCAGACUCGGACAACAUCCCCAUCCUGUACCUCUGUCACGGCAUGACGCCUCAGAACGUGUACUACACCAGCUCGGGGCAGUUGCGUGUCGGUGUCUUGAGCCCAACCAUCGACGACAACGAUAACAAGUGCCUGGUGGAUGUGAACGGGCGUCCGCGCCUGCUGGAAUGCAGCUACGCUGGGAACAAGCACAUGAAGCACUCCUGGCUCUUCACUCAGGGAGGAUCCAUCCAGAACACCGAGUCACGGUACUGUCUCGAGCUCGUCCAGAGCAGCGGCGUGGAGGUCGGCUAUCAGCUCACCCUACAGACGUGCACAACUCAAACGUGGACAAUUACGAAUAUACUGACUGCCAAAGUUCUCUGAAGGCACCAACACCUGCGGGGCUGCACAUGGAGCUGAAUUUUUGACUAAGAAACUCUGCUUUUAUACCCAAAGGCUCAAUUUAGACACACGAAUCUUAUAUGCAGUGCAUAUCUGAUGAUUUAGACGUUAAACAAUAAAAGUCACCGGUUGUGAGGAGGCUAAUCAUUUGUUCAAAAACACAAAUCCAGUCGGGAAAGAAGAUCAACAGAACUAACUAGACCAAUGUUGCUUACUGUCCAUCACCGACCACCCACCCACCCAUUUUAUCCUACAGGGUUCUUCACACACCUUGGUAUCCAUGUCCUUCACUUAAACACAUCAUCAAAUAAUAAUCUGUUAACUGAACGUGGAGUAACUGGUAGUUGGUGCAUUCCAGGUAUUCGGAUUGCUUGAGUAUAUUUUAAAGUCAUCUAUAACUCUUUUUCUAUUGGU